AUGCAUUACUUGAACUCGCUUCCAUUCCUCAUAGCAGCCGCUACUUUCACCUUGGCGGACACAACAGCAAAAGCAACCACAUUAGCAGACAAUGCAGUGAAUACUACAUGUGCCUCAGAAAAUUCAAGCCGAGCCCGAAUACUAACUAUUCAACCCAGCAGCAUCCUACGGCAAUGCAUCCAAUCCCUGCGACCUAACCUGGGGAACUGCGCACCCGACGAUUGGGACUGCCGCUGUACUAAUAGCAUGAAUGUGGUGGAAUGCUAUACCAAUUGUCCCGAAGACCCAUCCAAAAAUGACGCCGAGACAACUCGCCAGCGGAAUUGCGCUAAUGCCAAAGCACACGCACUGAUAUCAGUAGCUGCAUCUACUGUAAGCUCUAGUAGAGCUGCGGCUACGAGCACUGAUAUUGAUGAUGGAACGGAUAUUUCUGACUCCGAAGUUGAGAAUGAUUUCGAGGGGGGAGAUUCGAUAAAGUCGUAUAGUGGAUUGGAGGCUAAUCUGUUUGCCCGUCCAGAAGAGGGAGCUGCUUCUGGUUUGAGGAUAGGGGGUUGGUUAGGUUUUCUAGGGCUUACACUGGGGUUUCUCUUUUAG